GGCAGGGGCAGCCAUGGCGGCCGCGCGGGGCCGGGGCCCGGGGCGAGCGGGGCGGCCCGGCCGGGGCUGCCGGGGCUGAGCGGCCCGGGCCGGCCCGGCCCUGCUGACAGCGGCAGCCAUGAGCCAGGGCGGCGGGGCCACCGGCGAGAGCGGCGAGCCGGAGGCCAAGGUGCUGCACACCAAGCGGUUGUACCGAGCAGUGGUGGAGGCUGUUCAUCGACUGGAUCUCAUCCUUGGGAACAAGGCAGCGUAUCAAGAAGUGUUCAAGCCCGAGAACAUCAGCUUGAGGAACAAGCUGCGGGAGCUCUGUGUGAAGCUGAUGUUCUUGCACCCAGUGGACUAUGGAAGAAAAGCAGAAGAGUUGCUCUGGAGGAAAGUUUACUAUGAAGUUAUCCAGCUCAUUAAAACCAAUAAAAAGCACAUCCACAGUCGGAGCACCCUGGAGUGUGCGUACCGGACCCACCUGGUUGCUGGGAUAGGGUUCUACCAGCACCUGCUCCUCUACAUCCAGUCCCACUACCAGCUGGAGCUGCAGUGCUGCAUCGACUGGACACACGUCACGGACCCACUCAUCGGCUGCAAGAAACCUGUGUCUGCAUCAGAGAAGGAGAUGGAGUGGGCCCAGAUGGCAUGUCACAGAUGUCUGGUGUAUCUGGGAGAUUUAGCUCGUUACCAGAACGAACUGGCCGGGGUGGACACGGAGCUGCUGGCCGAGCGCUUCUACUAUCAAGCCCUUUCUGUUGCCCCACAAAUUGGCAUGCCCUUCAACCAGCUGGGGACACUGGCAGGGAGCAAAUACUACAACGUGGAGGCCACCUACUGCUACCUGCGCUGCAUCCAGUCUGAAGUGUCCUUUGAAGGUGCCUUCGGGAACCUGAAGCGGUUGUAUGACAAGGCAGCCAAAAUGUAUCACCAGCUGAAGAAGUGUGAGACCAGGAGGUUGUCUCCAAGCAAGAAAAGAGGCAAAGACAUUAAGAGGUUGCUGGUGAGCUUUAUGUACCUGCAGAGUCUUUUGCAGCCAAAGAGCAGCUCUCUGGAUUCUGAGCUGACAUCCCUCUGCCAGUCAGUGCUGGAGGACUUCAACCUGUGCUUGUUCUACCUGCCCUCUCCUCCUAACCUGAGUUCCACGAGUGAAGAUGAAGAGGAGUAUGAGAGUGGCUACUCCUUCCUUCCUGAUCUCCUCAUCUUCCGCAUGGUGAUCAUCUGCCUUAUGAGUGUCCACAGCCUCAAGAGGGCAGGUUCCAAGCAGUACAGCGCGGCCAUCGCCUUCACCCUGGCCCUCUUCUCCCACCUCAUCAACCACGUCAACAUUCGCCUGCAGGCAGAGCUAGAGGAGGGGGAAAAUCCAGUUCCAGCCUUUCAGAGUGAUGGCACAGAUGACCAGGAGCCAAGGGAGCCACUGAACUCGAUUGAGAAGGAAGCUGAAGCUGACCUGGCCAAUCAUCAGCCCAGCGAGGAGCAGCGGAAGAACGACUGCAAGAAGAGCAAGAAAUACUCUCGUCUCUCCUGUUUGCGGCGCCGCCGCCACCCCCAGAAGGUGGAUGAGAGUGACCUGAGCGAGGGCUUUGACUCUGACUCCAGCCAGGGCUCCAUAAAGGGCAGUGAUGGCUCAGAGAGUGGCUCUGAGAAGAGUGACGAGGAGGGAGAAGCUGCUUUUGAUGUGGAGACGGACUCUGACAUGAACAGCCAGGAAUCUCGCUCCGACUUGGAGGACAUGGAGGAUGAGCCGGGCGAGGAGGGAAGCGGCCGAGGCAAAAGUGGGCCCGAAGAGGCCUUAAAAAACUGUGUGGAUGGCAGUGGGCUGGGGGACUCCAAAAGCCUGAGCAGCUCUAAAAUGGAGGCUCCAGAUCCAGCAGUGAAUGGGCCUGUUUCCCUGAGCGCUAAUGACGCCAGUAUAGCCAGUAACCUCCAGGCCAUGUCCACCCAGCUGUUCCAGACCAAACGCUGCUUUCGCUUGGCUCCCACUUUCAGCAACAUCCUUCUGAAACCAAACAGUGAACCCUCUGCCUUGAAGGAUGGACUAGAAAGCAAGCCAUGUGUCAAUGGAGAUCUGGAGAAGCCCAGCUUGGCAGAACAAGAUGAUGUGUCAGACUCUGAGGAAAGCAUUUCAAGCAACAAAUCCUGCAGGAACGAGCGAUCCCUUCAGGAGAAGCUGGAGAUCAUGACCAACGAAGGGCUGCUUCUCACUGUCAAGGUCUUCCUGGACUGGCUGAGGACAAACACAGACCUCAUCAUCAUGUGUGCUCAGAGCUCUCAGAGCCUGUGGAACAGGCUGUCUGUGCUCCUGAACCUUCUGCCUUCUGCUGCAGACCUGCAGGAAUCAGGGCUGGCCCUGUGUAAUGAGGUCAAGGACAUCCUGAAUGAUGCUGAGCUCCCAGACCUGAAAGCCAACUUGCUGCUCCCAGAAGACGUGGCCCUACGAAACCUUCCCCCUCUGAAAAAUGCCCACAAGAGGUUUAACUUUGAGCAGGACCGACCCAUUUUCUCAGCAGUUGAGGAGGCCGUGGUUCGGAUCUGCUGCAUCCGGAGCUUUGGGCACUUCAUCACCCACCUGCAAGGCAGCAUCCUGCAGUUCAACUCAGAGCUUGGGAUCUUCAUCAGCAUCGCUCAGUCAGAGCAGGACAACUUGCUGCACCAGGCCCAGGCCCAGUUUCACAUGGCUGCAGAGGAGGCUCGUCGGAACAGGCUGAUGAGGGACAUGGCUCAGCUUCGCCUGCAGCUGGAGGUCUCUCAGCUGGAGGGAAGUCUCCAGCAGCCCAAAGCACAGUCAGCCAUGUCUCCUUACCUUGUCCCAGACACCCAGGCCCUCUGCCAGCACCUGGCUGUGGUCAAGCAGUUGGCCACCAGUGGGAGGUUCAUCAUCAUCAUCCCUCGAACAGUGAUCGAUGGGUUGGACUUCCUGAAGAAGGAGAACGCAGGUGCCCGGGACAGCAUCCGGUAUCUGGAGGCAGAAUUUAAAAAGGGAAACAGGUACAUCCGUUGCCAGAAGGAUGUUGGGAAGAGCUUUGAGAGGCAUAAAUUGAAGAGACAAGAUUUAGAUGCCUGGAAUCUCUAUAAAAUACUGGACAGCUGCAAACAACUGACAGUGUCCCAAGGGAGUGGAGAGGAUGACACCACAGGCAUGGUCACCAUCAUCACUGGCUUCCAGCUGGAGGACCCAAGCACGUUCUCAGCGCCCAUGCAGUCUGCCCUGCAGGCAGCUGCCAGUGCCAGCGUAGAAAUAAAAAACGUUCUGGAGUUCUACAAGCAGUGGAAGGAGAUGGGCUGAUGUCCAGCAGAGCUUCGGGUUGGUGAACCUUUCUCUCCCCCUCUCGGAACGUGCAGCGUCUGAACGAAGGAAACAAAAAUCCGGGCGACACUUACGACACGAAGAAGCAGCAGCAGCAGCAACAGAACUUACCUACCAAAAAAAGGAAAAACAUUUUAAAAAAGAAAAAAAAAAAAGAAAAAAAAAAAGAAAAAAAUAAAAAAAAAAGGAACGAAAGCAAAACCUCCUGUGGCUGGGGCAGGCACAGAGACACUCUCCACCUGAAUCCCGACCAGACGGCUGCAGAUCUCCAGCUGCUCUGAGAAGAGAGAAGCCCCCAGCGUGGCUGGGGUGGAGCUCUGCCCUUCUCCCCACAGCAGAUGUGGGUGAGAGAGGGGAGGUGGGUCCUUCCUCCCCCUCCUCCCCAGGCCCACCCGAGGUGGGCAGGUGGCUUCUGAAGCCAGGACUUGAGUGAAACCAAACCAGCUCAGCAGAAACGGAGCCCUCCUGGCUUGGGAAAGAAGAUCCAAAGAGUGUUCAGCUCUUGUUUGGCAAUCUGGUGACAGGAAAGCAGAUACUCUAUUCAUUCUUUUUGGUUUUUUUUCCCUCUCCACACCUUUGAAUUAAUGAAUUUUCAAGGGUUGUUUUGGUUUUUUUUUUUUCCUUUAAUUUCUUAGUUUUUAUAAAUAUAAAUAAUAUUAAAAAAACCAAACAAGCAGGAGUUCCUUUGGGGUUAUGGAUACUCUUCCAGAGUCAGAGAGAAAAGGAAACAAUUAUGCUAUUUAAAAGGGGGGGAAAGCUCUUAAUAUAAUUUUUUUUUUCUUUGAAUAAGCAUAUUUAUUUCCUUUCCCUGUCCCCCAGGGAGGGGACUCAGUGCAAAGGGGUGUUGGCCUGCAAGGCAAGAGCAGUCCCAAGUGCCCUGAUGGGCCUGGUGCACGUCCUGGCUCUCCCUCCAAGCUGUGUCCCCGUGAGCACCAGGAGCCUGGCCAGGCUGUGAGGGAGGUGAAGAGGACUCUGUGUCUCCUGCCUCAGUCCCUCCCACUUCUUUGCUUCCAGCAUUCAACCUUGGAGAAAAGGAGUGGAAGCCAGCAGAGCUGCUGGAAGAGAGAGAAGAGCCAAGUGGGAUUUAAACACCAGUAAGGCUUCACCACUUGGUUUGAGUGCUGUGACCCUGGGGUGCAGCAGACAUCUCCAAGGACCCAAGGCCUCUGCCUUUUUUGUUGGUUGUUCUUCUUGUUUUCCCUUUUAUUUUUUUCCAUUUUCUUUCUACAUCUUGCAGUGAAGUGUGGAGGAGGAAGGAGGAUCUCAAAGCCAUUCUCUCUUCUGCUGGUUGUUCUGACAACACCACUGCUGCUCCACCUAGAGAGGGUGACAGAACUUGAGUGUGUGUCCCCUCCUCACCCCCCCGGGGCAGGCAGAGGCAACACAGCCACCACCACCAAGCUCAAACCCUUCAGUGCUUUUAGCAUCCCAGAAAGAAGUCAUGAUGCCACCUGGACUGAUGCUGGCAGAGCCAAUUCUCCAUGUCACCUGUGACACCUUCAGACCUCCAUCCUGCCAGCAUCUCAAGCAGCUUGUGGCUGACAUCCUGCCACGUGCUGGGGCAUGGAGCUCCAGGACUGCAGAGCUGGGGGGGAUGAUCUGAACAUCUUUGUGGACUCAGUGUACCUCCUGCCAAUGCACUUGAGAAGCAGAUGGCUCCAUCCACACUGACUAACAGCAGCUAUGCAAGAAAAAACACUAGUCUUCUAUGUUCUUUCACAUGGACCAGCCAGAAGCUGCUACAAAAGGGGCUUUAAAGUGGCGAGACAAGUGACACGCUCCCAUCCGUGCAGACUUCCCAGCAUGAUGCCUAGUAUUGGAAUGGCAGGAUUUUUCCUUCUUUUCAGGUAAAAAGUAAAAAAAAACAGCAUGAGUCCCAGAUGCUUGAUUUAUAAUUCCAGUUUCAGUUCCCUGGCAGCAGGCAGCCUUGGAGCUCAGUGGGGAGAAGUGCUGAGUGACAGGGUCCUCACGGUGUGGGCUGGAGGGGGCAGAGGGGCAGGGUCUCCCUGAAGGCUUUUCCUUCUGCAGCUGCUCCUGAAAUUCACAGUGCUUUUCUAGGCUAAGCCAAGGAACCAGGAGCAGCAGAAGGGCAGGUGAAGGACAUCUUGGGUGUUCUUGGAGGCCUGAGGUGGGCUGUGAAGUUUGUCAGUCGUUCUGUCCUCCAGUUUGACCAGUGGUUUUAUUUGAAACCAUUUGUUUGUCUUGCUUGUUAUUUUUGUUUGAUGGGGUGGGAAAAGAAAAAAGAGUCACCCUGGGGGACUUGUCCUUUGGUGCAUGACCCAGAGUGAUGUGGUGGAGAGCAGUCACCUCCUCUCUGCCCUUCUGGUGACCUGUGGUGUGCUGCUCACUCAGGCUGGAAUACACUCCUCGUUGGGUGGAAGCUGAGCUGGAGGGUGGAGAACUGCUGGACUGGGCUUUAUUUGGUAAGGAAAGCACCCAGGUCUGUGCUGCAGAGCACACUGGAAGGGGCUGCAGUCUGCACCUCCCUUCUGGGGGUCUGCUGGAGCUGCAGCCUGGCCCUGUCUGCAGUCCCCAGAGGUUGGAUCGUUCCCCUCUGGCUGCGUGGUGCGAGGUGUGGGCUUGGGGCUGCUCUGGAAAGGAGCAUUGCUGGGCUGGGAUCACAACAGGGAGGAGCUGAAAGCAUCUCUCAGCUUUGCUCUGGGCCAGGUGGGAUCUUGAGGGGAGAAAAGAGCAAUGGAAAUAAAGCAGCAACCAGAAUGCCUGUCCUGCAGCUCCUGAGUGUCGCGGGUCACGCAGCUCCCGGGGGUGCGGGAUGAGAGCGGGGAGCCCAGUGCUGUGGGUGUUGGUGCUGUCACUGAGCAGGGUGGGAGCAGGAGCUCAGAGCCCAGGGCAGGAGCUGGGCUGACAGGGUCCAUCCGUGUCCUAACUUGGGUGGUGGCUGGGCUGGGCUGGAUGCAAAAGGCAGUUUAAGAACAAAAGUAAAUGGACUGGACGUUGCUGUAACAAGACCUUGGUGAGCUGCACUGAGCCCAGGUGGUGAAACCAGAGGACUUCUCCCUAAAAAGCAGCAAGGCUGUUGCCAUAACUCCUUCACAACCAUCCUUUAGAACCUGCCCUGCUCUCCUGAGGAGUUGUUAUAAUAUUACCCUGAAGUUUUGCACACCUGGAGAGGAGGAAAAAGCCCAGGCCCUGCAGCAGGGAGUUCCAGCUGCCCAGAGACAUCGCCCCAUACUUCGUACCCCUGGGCUGAGCAUGGAGGGACAAUGACCUCUUAAAAAAGGCACCAGGAGGAUCCCUGUGCUGCCCAGCUUCCUCUCUAGAACAUGCAAUUAUGGUUGAGGACCUGAGGAGUUUGUUUUGUUUUGGAUGUACUUCCCCAGUCAGAGAUACAUGAAGCUGAAAAAGUGGGAGACUUCAAACCUCUGGAACAGCAGGGCCAUGGGAAGGGUGGGGAGCUGUGUCCUCCAGCAAGUGUUGCCUUCUGCUGGAGGCUCAACAUGCCUUUAAGAUUGGGGUAGAGGAAGAUGCUUCUUAGUCCCAGUCCCAGCACUCACCAUGAGUUGAAGUCUCCUGGGUAUGAAUUGGUGCAGAUCUGCUACAUCCAAAGGCCAGUUUGCUCCACGUGGGAUUUGAUGCAUCACAUCCACAUCCCGAGAAGCCCAGCGCAGGAGGGUGGUGUCUCUGGCCUCUUGUGCUGGUUGCUGGUGCUGAGCAGUUCUCCAGGGCUGAAGAAGACUUGCAGGUCAGUGGGGAGCCUGCCCAGGGCUCCUGAGUGCCAUGGCUGGGGUGUCCUGGGAGAUCAGCACAGUGUUUUGAUGCCAUCCUCAGAGAGCCACAAACGAACUCACCAAAGCAACAGUGGAGCCAUGUGAGGAGCAGCCCUGCUGCACUGCUGAGCCAUCCAGGGCCAUUUCUGCACCAACCUGGGGCUUGCCAAGACCAGCUCUGAGCUAGUCCUGUGACACCCACUGUGCUGGGAAGGAGAGCAAGAAGAAAAACAGUCUUGUGGGCUGAAAGCUUUGGUUUUAAUGUGGGUUUUUGUGUUUCUUGAGUUUGAUUUGCUUUUGCUUACCACCAUGUUGAGCUCUCGGAAGUCUGUGGGGUGCCCCAGCUGGGAGGGGCAGGUUUGUGGUGGUUGAGGCUCGCUGGGUUUCCACUGGAGGCAGCACAGGGGCCAGGGACUGUCCCCAUGCCAUGGUUGGUGGACGUGGUCACUCUGGUGCUUGUUGGACUUGUGCUCGGUGGCUUCACGGGCUGUGCCAAGCAACUCUUCCUUCUGCUCCUGUCCUUGCUUGGCUCGAUGCCACCUGCAAUGCCUUGGAUUUUUGCCUGCAUCUUAGAUUUGUUUUUUUUUUUGUGUCCCUUCUUGGUGUCCUAGCAGAGCUGGCUGGUCUGGCUGGGGCAGAAAACAGGGUGGGGAAAACGAGGUGGCUGCAGAAAUGGAGCAGGAAAGGCAGGGGGUUGGCACAGGCUCCUGGUGUCGCUGCUCCUGCCUCUUGUCUCCUGGCAGGGAUGGGACUGUUGCCUGGUUUGAGGCGAGGGACAAUCAUCUCUCCCUCAGUCCUCCUUUUGUAGCACAAAAAACCCCCCCAGCCUGUGGGUCUGUGCUUGGAUGGCUCUUGCUGGGGGACCCAGGGGUGGUUGUUGGGCCCCACUGGGGCAAGGAGGAGCUCGGGGGCUCUCACAGCAUGUGUGACUGUGAUCCAACACCUUGACUAGCUUAAUAAAAUUCAAGAUGUUUGUA